AUGGCUGUUUCCUCCCAUCGGGACGACUUCUUUCAAACUACCAACGCUCUUGACGAACAGAAACGAAAAGAUGCCAAGUCAAGCAACACAAAUGGCUCUCCUAUCCGAUUGCAAAGCAAGAUCCUCGCCGUCCAACCGGAUCCUUUCGACCUUGGCGCUGUAUAUGUAGCCCAGAGCGGCGGCACGGUCAGAAAGAUAGUCCUCGCAACAGGAGAAACGGUAUCUAUCUUCAAGGGACCGACUGCCCCUGUUACAAGUCUCUGUUUUAGCCCAAACGGCAAGAUUCUGUUUGCGGGGAGCUGGGAUAAAACCGUCUGGAGCUGGGAUGUAACUUCAACGCAACGAAAACUACGGUACGAAGGACAUAAUGACUUUGUGAGGGCGGUCGUGACCACAAGGAUCAAGGGCCGGGACCUCCUUGUUUCAGGCGGUGCCGAUGCGCAAAUACUCGUAUUCGACAUCGCGAGCGGAGAACCGUUGCAGUUACUCAAGGGUCACGCGAAAGGAAUCCAGGACCUAUCAAUCGACCCGCUUACGUUGGAUAAUGAUUCCGGCGACCAAGUCCUUUUCAGCGCAGGCAGUGACAGGGAAAUCCGCCAGUUUGAUUUGUCCAAAGGCAGUCAGGAUUUGACUGGCAUGGAAGCUCUUUUGGCUCAUGAGACUAAUGUCUACAAGCUCUAUUUCGAUCAAGAUGGUGACCUUUGGACAGCUUCAGCGGAUAAGACGACGAAAUGCCUCGUUAGAGAGGACGGGUGGAAGGCAAACCUCACACUCACUCACCCCGACUAUGUCAAGGACGUAGUAGUCGACGAGCGAGGAGGGUGGGUUAUAACCGCGUGUCGGGAUGAAGAGAUCCGUGUAUGGAAUCGAUCGACUGGGCAACUGUACCACACAUUUACCGGCCACUUCGAGGAGGUAACAGGCUUAGUCCUGCUGGGGACGACAUUGGUCAGCGUUGGCAUUGAUGCUACCGUCCGACAGUGGUCUCUUAAGCCUGAUGAUCUGCGGAAUGCAGUAGCUGAGGCAAAAAAUCCUCCAACUGACGAACACUCGGCCAACCCCGAACCUAUGCUCACAGAGGAAGAGGAGCGCGAACUAGCAGAGCUACUGGAAGAAGAUUAG